AUGUCUAAACUCUUUGUUCCUGAACGAACGUUCAUUCUACCCUUUGCUGUCAAUAAUGACAGAGCUUAUACGAUUGAAUUGAUGGAUGCUGCAAACAUUCGUAAUUCUUUUGAACGUAAUCUUUUGCUCAAUCCACCAUACCCUCUCAGCUUACCUCUCAGAGAGCUUCUGAAACCAAUGCGGAAAGACGCUACUUCAUCACCUCCUAGACCAAUGAACGGUUGGAUUAUCUUUCGCAGAGACCUCGAAGGUCAACUGCGUUUUUAUUAUUCUGGACAACCGCGUAGCAUGAAGGAAACUUCCGCAAUUGCUAGUAAUUUUUGGAAAAAUCGGCCAAAAGUAAAACUAUACUUUACUAUUCUUGCUAAACUGGCAGAGAAAGUACACAAAGAUGUCUAUCCCGAUUACUGUUAUAAGCCGAAGAGGUCAAAUCGGCCCAAGCCACCAAGCUGGCCUUUUAUACAAGUGGAUGGAAACAAGCCUACUCGGAAAAAAAAUAACAAAAAGGACGUAUCUGAAAUUGAUGGUCAGACACAUCAACACAUUGGGCAAUGUAAUGUCGAUAACAACACUCAUUUACAAAAUAAUGUUGACGAAUCCUGCCAACGCGUUAACAUAUACGUUAGUGACAAUACGCUUAGCUUGCCUUCUAAUGUUCACGUCGAUUCUUUCGGUCUCCUUACUAUCAGAGACAAUGCAACAAUUCAAGACGACAUUGGUACAUCAAAUUUUCCGACAAUUGGUCAUGAAAUUUACUUUAAUGAUAAUAUGCCGUUUUUAAUCUACAUACCAGUGCUGGAAAAUGGUAUGGAAGAGUAUCCAAUGAUUAGUAAUGUUCCAUAG